AUGAUUGUGAAGAAGAAGACUCGGAAGGAACGGGACGUCAUCCAGUUUGAUGAAGACAGUGAACAUGAUGAGUUGAUGGACCAAGGCUCGGGCCGGGCGGAUGCGCGUCAACCGCCUCGCGAGGCCCUAUGCGAUGUGAAUAAGGCCGAAUUUCCCAAGUCAGCCCCGCCGCUCGCUGGACCCACCGCUGAGACGUCGGCGUCGACCUACUUUCGUCGCCGUGGGUGCAAGGCUCUACUC